AUGUCUGCUGAUGAAUCCAAUGUAAUUUGCAUUGAAAAUGAAGAAGAUAGAGAAGAAAGUGAAGUGAAAUACAUUAACAAAUUUCCCACGUGCCAAAGUUCUUCCAAAAAUUUAUGCCGUUCGUUUUCACAAGAAGUAACUGAUUCAGAAAGAGGUAGUGUUGAUAGCAAUAGUCAUGUGCGGUCUGAUAUAUCACGAUUGCAGUUGCCAUCCAACUCAGAUGAGGUGGUCCAAGGAAAGGAGCGGAGAAAAUAUGGAAAAACUCACGCAGUACCUUCUAUUUUAGACGAGUUUUUUGGUGUGUAUUGUUUGUUGAGUCGAAGUUCGAACAAAUAUUUCAAGAAUCGUUGUUACAUUGGUUAUACUGUUGACCCUAAUCGACGUAUACGACAGCAUAAUGCUGGGAAAGAAUUUGGAGGAGCCAAAAAAACAGAUCACAGAGGACCGUGGGAUAUGGUUUGCAUCAUACAUGGUUUUCCAAACAGUGUGUCUGCACUGCGAUUCGAAUGGGCUUGGCAAAAUCCAGAAAAGUCACGGAGACUGCGAUCUUUGAAUUUAAAGAAAAAAACGAAUGAAACAGCUUUUGGAUUUCGUUUGCGUAUUGCUUGUCAUAUGUUAAAUAGCGAUCCGUGGCGACGUCUCUCGCUUACAUUCCGAUGGUUAUUACCUGAACUAGAAAUUCCGUUCCCACUAGAUAUUCCACUUCCUUCUCAUGUCGCUGUGCAAUAUGGCUCUGUGACAAAAAUAUCGUCAUUAAUACCUCAGUUGCAAGAGGAAUAUGAUGUCAUUGGAAGUUGUUCGCUGUGCUUAAAGCCAAUAAAUUCGAUCUCUGAAUUGCUUCGUUGUAGCGCUAGUGAAAUAUGCAAGUCUCAUUUCCACAUGCGAUGUUUGGCGAAACACGCUUUGAACGCUGAUAAUGAAUACAGAAUUUUAUUGUUUCCGAUUCAAGGGCAAUGUCCCAAAUGUGCUAUCACUUAUCUGUGGGGUGAGUUAAUCAGAGAUCAGCGAAUUUUGUUAGCAGUCAACAAGUUUAAUUCAAACGGCACAUUAUUCAAUAUGAUACCUAGUG